AUGUUUGAAGAUGCCUUCAUGGGGCAUUUAUUUCCUCGUGAACUAAGAGUGGCAAAGGUAAGGGAAUUCCUCACUCUUAACCAGGAAUCCAUGAGUGUGCAUGAGUACAACCUCAAAUUCGCCCAACUUUCUCGUUACGCUCCGAUGAUGGUUGUUGAUAUGAGGAGUAAGAUGAGUCUGUUUGUGUCUGGGUUGUCUCGCAUGUCAAUCAAAGAAGGUAAGGUUGCGAUGUUGAUAGGGGACAUACAACAGAAGAGUAAUCCAAGCCAGCCAUCUUUUCAGCAAAAGCCAAAUAGACCAACUUCAUCGUAUGUUAGUGCACCUGCACCAAGGAACAAAAGUGAGUUCAAGGAUCAAAAUUCUCAAAACUUCAGAGAUAGAUCUGCACAGUCUCAACGUAGUGUGGCACAAAGAGGUAAUGGGACUCCUGCGUGUGCUAAGUGUGGUAGGAACCACCCAGGAGCGUGUCGUGAUGGUUCAACUGGUUGUUUCAAGUGUGGUCAGAAUAGUCACUUCAUGAGAGAGUGCCCAAAGAAUAGGCAUGGAGGUGGUAAUGGAGGCAAUAGAGCCUAA